CGAUUGCAGUGGGCGGGAGUUACCGUUGCCGCCGGCCCGAUGGCGGCGGGGCCCGCGGAGCGGAGCUGCGGGCAGCGGGGAGAGCCGGGAUCGGCGGAGAUGGAGCCGCGGCCCCGGUCGCUCUUCUGCUCGUCGCAGAUGGAGGCCAGUCUGACGUGCGCCGUGUGCCUGUCCCUUUUCGAGGAGCCGGUGACGCUGCCGCUCUGCUCGCACAACUUCUGCCGGGGCUGCGUGUUAGAGUGUCUGGCCUCGGCGGAGGCCGCCCGGCUGCAGCAGCGGGGCCACGGGCAGGUCCGCGGGGCGCGGGGGGGACAGGGACAGGGAGCGGACGGCGACGACGCGGCGGGGGCCCGGGUGUCGUGCCCGCUGUGCAGGAAGCUCUGCCCGCUGCCCCGCGGCGGCGCGGCCGCUCUGCCCGUUAACACCACGCUGGCCGAGGUGGUCAGGCUGUACCGCUCGAACGCGGCCAGGGCCGGGGGAAGCUGUCAGAAACACCCGGGCCGGCUGCUGCAGCUGUACUGCCGGAUGUGCCGCCAGGCGGGGUGCGGGCAGUGCGUGUCUGAGGAGCACCAGGGCGUCUUUCACUCCAUCAACCUGAUCGACACGGUGUACCAGGAGGAGCAGUUGAACUUCUUCAGCAGUCUAAAAGAAAUGAGAAUAAUAAAUGAGAAGCUGAUGAAUGAGAUCUCCAGUCCUGCAGAUGAUACUGAUACGGUGCUGAGUAAUGAAGCAGAGAUCAUUGCGCUGGCAUUUGGAGAAAUUUCCAAAACUCUGGAAAUGAAGAAACAGCAGUUGACAGAAGAUCUUGAAAAUCAAAGGCGUAAAAAGGAGAAAGAGUUUCAGAUUUGGAAGAAAAUGAAAGAAACUCACAAGAAAACCAUUGAGAAUCUUUUGAACGAUUGUGAGAAGCUAGUUCAUGAAUGUGAUCCUCAGCAAUUCCUGGAGGUGGCCUGUGGCUUGAAUACAAGAAUGAAAACUCAGCUUGACCUGAUGAAUAUAGCAUCCAGCUAUAAAAAGCCACCAGAGAACGCUCGGAAGAAAAUGGAUAUCAAACCUGUGGUUAAUGAAAUCUUGGCUUUGAAAUUAGUGCCACUUAAUGUGGACACAACUAAAGACCUGCCUGCUGGAGGAAAUGAGAGCUCAACGGAAAAUAUCAUAAACCAGUGGCAGGACCAGAAAAAUACACCCAACUCAUUUCUUCCAGUAGCAGGACAUGAGGAAGCACUGACAGACAGCGGUAGGAUCUGUACUCGCCUCAUGUCAAUAUCAGAAAUGCCAGUGUUUCAAAACUUGAGUCACGAGGAGCUGCGUUACAAAUACUACAUGGAACAUCAGAAUCUUAACAAGCUCAAGAUACAAACUUUACCUGCAAGUAAAAAGUAUGAGUUUGUGGCUGCUGAGGCUUUGAAGAGUAAGUCCUCAGGAAUUCCUGUUGUAUCUUCAACUACCAAAGCAAAUAACAUGGAUAGAGUAAAAGUGGAAACCCUGUCAAGAGAAAGUGGUAUUGAUAAGACAAGCUUUCCUGGAAGUAGUAAUCGUUGCAUCCCAUCCACCAGUACUAGAUUGUCUGAAACAAAUGGUGACUUAAGCUUAGCCCAUGAGAGAAGUUCAGAGGAAGCAGCCACUCCAGCCUUACCAGAAAACUCUAAAGACCAAGAAAUUCAGGAAAAUUUGCCAAUGCAGUCAUCAGCAGUUUCAAUAUCCAACGAAAUGGACACAAAUUCUAGUGUUUCAUUGGGCUUAAAGCCAGCAGCAUCAGUAGCUGUUACUGUUUCAAAUUCAAAUUUAGAUUUCUCUGCUUGUGGUGCAUGUAGCAACUCAUUACCUAGACUUAACAAAGAUGCAGCUACAUGUUCCUUGAAAGGCAGUAAAUACGCUUUCCCUAAAUUUUACCUAGGAAAAUGUGAAGAUAAAGCAGGUAACCGGUGCGAAAGCCAGUUUAGAAAAUGCAGCUCUGUAGCCAAAACCAGAGCUUCUGAUGCUUCAACCGCUUGUCAUUUAGAAUCGGCAGGAAGUCAGAAAGCAGUUUGUUCUUUUUCCAAUGGCAGUUCAGAAAGACAAUGUUUAGCAGCAUCGAAAGUCAGUGAUUCAUUUAAGACUUUGUCAUUACGUUCACUUUUUAACCAGUCUGAGAAGACAUCUGACCUAAAUGUGUUCUCUCACAUGGGAAAAAACACAUCUCUAAAGAAAACUGCAGAUGGUACGCUGAAACCGUCUGUCUCAUGGGAGCAAAACACUAAUGCCUCAGAGUCCAUCACAACUGUACCUUGUGGUACUUCAGAAACCACCACUGCAGCUGGAGUGAAUGUUAUCUCUGAGUCCUCCCUUCUCCCCAGCAGUUGUGUAUUUUCCUUCAAAAAUAGCACUUUUCAGUUACUUCCAAAUGAAAUUGCUGGUGAAGAUAUUGUCAAAAAUACCUCUGAUUCCCUGACUUCCUCCUCUGUGCUUUUGUCUAGAAAUGGUACUGACAAAACCAAGAAAGAAAAAAUGAAGUCUCUUGGCAAAACACCUCACAAUCUAGGAAAUUCUGCAUAUCCAGUGUGUGCAGAGCCUGCUUCUAGACUCAGUCAUCGAAAAUGUGAAGGCUCUUCUUUUUGUAUGAACUCACCUAAGAACAUGGGAAGUACAGACAUACUUGCUAAUAUUAAUUCUUCCUUUACUCAGCCUUUAUGUUCAGCAGUCCUUCCUGGUAACAAUGGGAAUGCAUCUGCCACUCUGCUUACUGUUACUUCAACAAAACAAGACAUAAAGGUAAAACAUCAAGAAAACAAAAUGACUGCUGAAAGCAACAAUUCCUGUCCCAGGAGGGAAGAAGAAUUUGGGUCUGUGCCGUUUCAGAACGCAGCUUGUUCUGCUCCUGAAGCAUGCAAUGAUUUGCCUUCAGUAGGUUCUGCGCCUGCAGUAAGCGAGGCCAGAGAAAUGUCAAGUGACAGCGAUUCUGACAUGAAAAGCUCAGUCAGACAUCAGUGUCCAGUGAUACCAGCAGUGCAUCAGAAUAUUUGUCUGUUACGGAAGACGAAGUGUCUGCUAGAAGAAAGUCAGAGACAUGAAGAGGGCGAAAUGGAACACAGCUCCACUUAAAAUGGAAUAAAAUAAACGCCACAUAACAUAUUAAA